UUUUAUACGUAAUUGUAAAAUGUAAACAGUUCACAUUUGUAAUUUGAAAUAGUUUGUUAAAUGUAAAACAAUAUAAAAAGACAUUGGUUAUAAAACUGCAAAAUAAAACUGUUCUGCUAAGUAAAAUUAAUUUAAUGGAAGUCAUGGAUGAUUUUUUUGGUGACAAUGAAGACUUUGAAAAUUUUUCGCUUGAAAGUGUUUCUAGCAACGAGAUAGAUUCUCAAUACAUUAAAUGUUUGAAGGAAAAUUUUGGACACAACAACUUUCGACCAAUGCAGUGGAAAGUUAUCUCUUCUGUAAUGCUCGAUAAAAGAGAUAAUUGUGUAGUAAUGGCAACAGGAUAUGGAAAAUCUUUGUGCUACCAAUUCGUUUCAGUGUAUUUAAAUACAAUUACUGUAGUUGUAUCUCCAUUAAUAUCCUUAAUGGAGGAUCAAGUUCUCUCAUUAACUAUUUCAAACAUAAAAUCAUGCCUUCUAGGUUCAGCACAAAAAACCAAAUCGAUAUUAGAUGAUGUUUUAGAAUUCAAAUAUAAUUUAGUUUAUUGCACUCCAGAAUUUUUAACUGGUUCGUUGGGCCGUGAAUUUUUAUUAAAGCUUAGUCCGAAAUUAUCAUUAAUUGCGAUAGAUGAAGCACACUGCAUUAGCAAGUGGGGUCACGAUUUCCGUUCAGCUUUUAAAAGUUUAAGCUUCAUUAAAUCAUGCGUACCAGAUGUACCUAUUUUGGCAAUGACUGCUACAGCAACGGAAAAAGUUCGAACUGAUAUUUGUACUAUACUAAAGUUAAAAAACCCUCAAAUGGUAUGUACGGGAUUUGACCGACCAAAUUUAGAAUUUAAUGUUGCACGAAAAAGUUCUAUUGGCGUUUGGAAAGAUAUUGAGCGGCUAAUUAAAUCAGUACAAACGGGAAGUAUAAUUAUUUAUUGUUUAACUAGAAAAAAGACUGAACAACUAAGUGAAAUUAUACAAUCUAAUGGCGUAAAAUGUAAGCCAUACCACGCAGGUUUAUCUCUAAAAGAAAGGAAACGAGUACAUGAAGAUUUUGUCCAUGAUGAGAUCAGAGUAAUUGUUGCUACAGUAGCUUUCGGUAUGGGUAUUGAUAAGCCGGAUAUUCGUGUUGUAAUUCAUUAUGGAAUUUCAAAAGAUAUGGAAAGUUACUAUCAAGAAGUUGGAAGAGCGGGAAGAGAUGGUUUACAUUCGAAAUGCUAUGCGUUUUUUUCAGAUCAAGAUUGGAAAUUACAUGAUCUCUUUAUAUCACAAUCCACAGGUUCAACGAUUUUCAAAGAUAUUCAAAGAGAUCUUUCGUUAAAGAUAAGAGAAUACUGUAGUUUAUCCACGUGCAGAAGAGAUUUCAUAUUGAAGUACUUUGAAGGCGAUAAUGUAAUUUUACCUAAGAAAAGAAAAUAUUGUUGUGAUAAUUGUAAAAAUACUUCUGAAAGUGGAAACUUAUCGGAAGUAUAUGAAGAAAUCAAUUCUGAUGGCCUUUGUGACUUUACGGAUGAUACUCAAAAUUUUUUGAGUGUCACUGAGUUAAUGGGAGGAUGGAAAGGUGUAACAAACAUAAUUCAUUUUUUAAAAGGAAAUAAAAGGAAAUCUCUAGGAGAACGACUUUUUGAAAACAGCUUAUUCGGCGUUGGUAAACACCGAACAGAAGAUUACUAUAAAAUAUUAGCAGACAUGUUAGAAUUCAAUGGUUUUAUAGUAAAAAGACCUCUUAGUGAGAAAAAUCCUCAAUCGAAUUUCGGUCGAAAUAAGCACUUAAAAUUUAUACAUGUUUUAACAAUGACGGACCGCGGUAAGAAAUGGUUAGAUACUAAUCCAAAAGAAAAAGUUUUACUCAAGCCAUCGAAAUCAAUGCACAAAUUCUUCCAAUUGAAAAGAAAAAAUACAAUGGGGUUACCUUGUUCCAACACGCAAUCCGGUUCAAAAAUUUUAAACUUAAAUAUGAAGAAAGAAGAAAAGAAUUCAAUUGAAAAUCUAGUGUCAAAACUUUUUAAAGUUAGAUCUUCAUUCGCUAGUUCUUUAGAUGUUAUGCCCUAUAUGAUAAUAUCUAAUAAAGCUAUCCAUCAGUUAGCUCAAAAAUGUCCUCUUAACUUAGAUGAAUUUAGAGCUGCUCAACUGGAUGGUGUAUCUGAAAUAAAAGUUGUUAAAUUUGGACCAGCUUUUAUUAAUUGCAUUCUAGAAUCAAAAAAUUUUUUGUUGCCUUCUGAAGAUAUCAAUUCCGAAAAAAAAGAUAAAACUAUAGCUGAUUUGCUCGACGAGCAUCCAUUACCAAAUUUGAAACCUUUAACCACAACAAUAUUGCAAACUUUUGAUUUAUUUAAAUCAGGCAAAUCUAUCCAAAUAAUUUCUCAAAUUCGUCAUAUAACGGAAUCUACAGUUUCCAAUUAUCUUAGUGAAGCAAUCAAACACGGACUUAUUUAUGAAAAAAAGCAAUUGAAUAGAUUGGGUGUUUCUGAUACAAAUUUUGAUAUAAUAACUUCUACAUAUAGAUCUCUUAAUACAAAAAAUCCUCAGUUGAAAAUUCUUAAAGAAAAAUGCCCCCCAACUAUAACAUACGACAUGAUUAAAUUUGUAUUGAAUUAUCAUCAAAUAAGAGAUCAUUUAAAAGAAAAAAAUGUUACAUUUAAAGAUCCAGACGAUAAUAUCAACAAUAGUGAAAUUUCAAGAAAAAAUCAAGAAAUUUCCAAAAAUAACGAUGUUUUAGAUUGGAGUUUAGAAGAUGAUUUAGAUUUUAAUAAAAUAGAUAACGAAAUAUCAAUAGCAAGUAAUUCAAUAAAUCAAAACUCAAUCAGUUUGGUGACAAACACUGAAGAUAAUAAAAAUAUUGAAUAUUUCAAUGAAAAUAGUGAAUUAAAUUGGGCUAUUGAUGCUUUACAAACAGAAUAUGGCAAUGAAAAAGUGUCGGAAAACCUUAAUCCAAAUAAAAUUAUUACAAUUGAUACAGAACAGGUAGAUAAUAUAACUAAAACUCAAAUGAUUCCUAAAAAACGGAAAAUUAAUGUUAAAAGAAAAGCAUUUAUUUAUGAGGACGAAAGUAGUAGUAGCAGUGAUGAAAACCCCAAAAUAAAACAGUAAGGAUAUGGGACUGAGUACCUAAAAGCGUCAUUAUCGCAAUCAAUAUAAUUUUAUUGAUUUUACGUUGCAUUUGUGAAGUUUACGAAAACAAAAUUUGUACCAUGACAUUGUAAGAAAUUUAAGCAUAUUACAUUUAAAUAGGAUCCUAUAAUAAAUAAGAAUACGUAUGUACCUACCCGUUAAUGUAGAAAAUUUCAAUAAAAAACAUUGUAAAUAAGGAGUUACAUAUAUCAACGUACUGAAUAUGCAAAAGCCCAAAUAGGUAGGUUCCUUUAAUUUUUCAAAUUACAUCAACUUCAAAUUCGAAUUUAGAUUUAAAAUGACUGUAUAAGAGUUGCAUAAACUCCACAUUUAAUUUUUUCACGGCACCCAAAUUUUUUAUGCCACAUAGUUAUA